CGCUUCCCCUGGCGGCCAGCGGGGGUGCGCGCGCUCCCCAAACAAUGCCUCCGGCCGCGCGGGCCCGCGCCGCUACGCGGUGUGCGGUGGUGCCCCGCCUCCAGCAAGGUCAACCAGCUCUGUGCUUCUAGAGCCCCGCCCUAGGAUGUGUGAGGGACCGAGGCGACCCCAGGAGAAGGCGCUGGGGCUGGGGCGGUGGAGGCGGGAGGGCCCUCAUCCCACCCCGGGCCCACGUCCCAGCAUCUCUCCCACUUCAGGCUCUGAUUAACUGUUUGAUUCGGAAUGUUUUCGUUUUAUUUAGGGUUUAUUUUCAAAACAGUGUGUCUUGGGGAGCGGGGCUUUUCCGUCUCUUGGGGUUUUAGUUAGAAACGAAAAGGUCCAGGACCAGUUCUGCGGAAGAGCGGCCAUUUGCUGCCCGCGCCCCCACUCCCAGCCCCGGCUUUUCCCGGGCAGAGUACCCGUGUCAAAGGAGAAAAACAUGGAAGCUCAACUUUUCGGGAACUCAAGAUUCUUGUUGUCCAGACGAUGCUCUCUCCCUCCAGAUGACGACUUUCUCCAGUAGAUAACAGAAUGGGCUUUCGCCACCCCUGCAUUAACCCCCUCUUCUAAGCAGUGAAACCACAAAGAGAGCCGGACGGGGGUCGUGGAGCGGGGUGUUGCCAAAGUCAAAACAUCUUUCCUGAAGGAGGGAAAAGGGGAAGCUGCGGACACAGCCUGUUAAAGGCUCUGAGUGGCUGGGGAGUAACAAUACACCCACCUUACCUAAGAAAGAAUUUUGGCGGCUCGCUCGCUCUUCGGGAUUAUCUCUUUGGAUCUGCACUGCCACCAUGCUUGGGAGGUUUUGAGACGACCUACCCAUGGGGAAGAGUUGGGGUGACUAGAGUAAAGGAGCCCCCCACCACACACCUUCCCUCUGCUGACACCCCAGUCCCAGUUUACAGCGUGAACUUACCGUUUGCACUAGAGCCCCAGCUCCACGAAGGGAGAGGCCAGCGGACUUAACUCUCCUCUGCACACGAGGCUCCAGCACGGUGCCCGUUGACACAGGCAGCACCCCAAACCAACUUUGUAAAGGCCACCACCAGCACUUGUGGCUCCCUAGGCAGAGCUCCUUCCUCUGCUCUUCUUUCCUUCCCGGCCUGCCCACCUGGCUCCUUUUCUGCCAGUCCCUUCGGCCGAGCACUAGCCCUCCCGUGCCAUGGGGCCCAACCUCCGGCUCUCCGGAGCGCCCCGCUGCGAGGCCUGUGUGUGCUAGGGCCCGUGAGGCCUCUGAGCUGUGAUUCAGAGGAAACUGCAGAGGCGGUUCCACAACAGCAAAACCUAGACUCACCCCAACAAAAUAGCAACCCCAACGUUUUCUUUUCCAUGUCAAAGUUUUGCUCCUACGAUUUUAUUGAUAAUUCUGAUUUUUAAAAGAGCAAGGGGAGGGAAGUACACCGUCCAGGAUAGGCCAGGUUGGUGACUGUGUCUGGGAAUUCGACAUUAAACCAAAUUCGAGGCGGCCUGGGGCAGGCAGGCCCCAGGUGCAAGCCGAAAGCACAAAGCACGGGCUGGCUGCCGGCUGGUGCCCAGAGAUGCAGUUCCACAGCGCAGCCCGGGUCCAGGCAGCAACUGCAGGAUAGUGUCAAACCAGCCCUGGCCCGGGCCUCUCUGGGGUUAGAGUGCGUUCCCGCCGGGACGUGUCGGCGAGGCAGCCCAUCACGUCCCUGACUCCCCCGAUCUCUCGCAGCCCCCACCCCACAGGAUCACUGUCAGUGCGCAGCUGCUGGGUGGGCUGGUCUAUUUGUUUGUUGUUUAGAGCAAUUCUAGAGCGCGCGCUCAGCAGCCUCUGAAAGGGGUUGUGGGGGGGGCAGCCAGAAUUUCCUUCCAGGGAGCGCAUGAGGGGCAUUCUCAAAGGAAAACCAGACCAAGUGAGUAGUGACCAGCCCUCCUCAGAUUACUCUUCACAGGCUCCUCCCUUGCUCCCCCCACCCACCUCCAGAUUUGCAUUAAAAAGGCCAAGAAAACGCUGGCUGGGCCCCAGCAGCCGCUCACACUGCUCCCCCCGGGUCGGAGCCCCCCAGAGCUGCGCGAGGGCUUGCUGCAAAAAGCCGAGCACAGAGCUCCUUGCCCGCGCAGUCCUGCCCGCGCCCGGCCUCUUGGCGCUCUUGCUGCCCCGCCGCCGCCCACUUUUCAGGCCCCCCAGCCGCACCGAGCGAGCGAGCCGGCCCGGGACGAGCUCCGGCCUCGGCCGCCUGGCGCUUCCCCAGCUCCGUUCCGUCUGCCCCCCGGGGGUCGCGCGCCCACCAUGCCGAAGGGCCCCGGCUCGCUGCUGCUGCUGGUCCUGGCCUCGCACUGCUGCUUGGGCUCCGCGCGCGGGCUGUUCUUCGGCCAGCCCGACUUCUCCUACAAGCGCAGCAAUUGCAAGCCCAUCCCCGCCAACCUGCAGCUGUGCCACGGCAUUGAGUACCAGAACAUGCGGCUGCCCAACCUGCUGGGCCACGAGACCAUGAAGGAGGUGCUGGAGCAGGCGGGCGCCUGGAUCCCGCUGGUCAUGAAGCAGUGCCACCCGGACACCAAGAAGUUUCUGUGCUCGCUCUUCGCUCCGGUAUGCCUCGAUGAUCUGGACGAAAUCAUCCAGCCGUGCCACUCGCUCUGUGUACAGGUGAAGGACCGCUGCGCUCCGGUCAUGUCCGCCUUCGGCUUCCCCUGGCCCGACAUGCUCGAGUGCGACCGUUUCCCCCAGGACAACGACCUCUGCAUACCCCUCGCUACCAGCGACCACCUCCUGCCCACCACCGAAGAAGCCCCUAAGGUCUGUGAAGCCUGCAAAAAUAAAAACGAGGAUGACAACGACAUAAUGGAGACUCUUUGUAAAAAUGAUUUUGCACUGAAAAUAAAAGUGAAGGAGAUAACCUACAUCAACAGAGACACGAAAAUCAUCCUGGAGACCAAGAGCAAGACCAUUUACAAGCUGAACGGGGUGUCCGAACGGGACCUGAAGAAGUCGGUGCUGUGGCUCAAAGACAGCUUGCAGUGCACCUGCGAGGAGAUGAACGACAUCAACGCGCCCUACCUGGUCAUGGGACAGAAACUGGGCGGAGAGCUGGUGAUCACCUCGGUGAAGCGGUGGCAGAAGGGGCAGAGAGAGUUCAAGCGCAUCUCCCGCAGCAUCCGCAAGCUGCAGUGCUAGUUGUGGUGCCCCGGGUGCUCCGACAGGCCGGCCCCAGGGCGCGGCUGGCCACUUCCACGCGAGGCCCAGGCCUCAGCUCUCUGUCCCAAGCACAGUCCCUGCAGCUCCGGCCCCAGCCUGGAGCAGCGCCCCCUGCCUUUUGCACAUUUGCACCCCCAGCAUUUCCUGAGUUAUUAGGCCCUAGGAGGCCUCAGGAAUGGGUACCUGUUUUCACAUUAAGGAGAAACCCAGCCAAGUCUUGUAGAAAUAUUCAAACUAAUAAAAUCAUGCAUAUUUUUAUGAAGUUUUAAAAUAGCUCACUUUAAAGUUAGUUUUGAAUAGGUACAACUGUGACUUGGGUCUGAUUUUUUUUCCCCUCUUUGGUCUGGUCACCUGACUUUUACUUUCUGCUGAGGAUGCCGUAAACGUCCAAAUAGCUUCAUUUUUUUCUGUGGCCCAAACUGCUGUGGGUCACAACCCCAGUUGAGAUAAAGCUGGCUGUUAUCUCAACAUCUCUCAGCUCCAGCCUGAGACGCCUCGCCUAAGCGUUCAAACAGUUACAUGUCAUUUUACACCCUCAUUGGGACUUCACAACUGUAGCGUGUAUUGCAUUUCCAAGUAGAGGACUUCCAUUUAUAAAAAGCACAUUAACCAUCAUAGCAUGAAUUCAUUGAAUAAAGGGCACAACAGACAAGUUUUGUAAUUGACCUGAGUCCUUUAAGCUUUGUUUAAAACGUUUUUUCUUAUUUUUGCAAAUUAAACCAUUGUAGCUUACCUGUAAUAUACAUAGUAGUUGACCUUAAAAAGUUGUAAAAAUAUUGCUUUAACCAACAUUGUAAAUAUUUCAGAUAAACAUUAUAUUCUUGUAUAUAAACUUC